AUGUCAAAUAACUAUGAAGAUGGAGGAGUUUACUAUGAUCCUGACGAAACCAUGUUCAAUAACGAUGAAGAUGGAGGACUUUACUUUGAUCCUGAAGACCAAGAACUCAUCAAAUAUCAUCUACUACCCAAGUUAGAAACGUAUCUACAUCCCAAGUCAAAACAAGAGUGUGAAGACUUCAUCGUGAUGAAGAACGUUUACGAUAAGGAGCCAUGGUUACUGGACCAUACCAAUCAUCCUUUGUUCAGGAAGAACGAGUGGUUUUAUUUCGUUACAAGGACUCAAGUGUCAGUGAAGAACAUUGGUCGGGGUAGGAACUCAAAGCGGAGGAUCGCCGGGGACAACGAUGCGACAACAAUAAGAGACAGAAGAGACGGUACUUCUGCUGUUGUUCCUGGGAGCAAUAGUAGCUGGAUUAUGCACGAGUAUUCGCUACCGGACGAAAAUACGUUUCAAGAACUGGUCCUGUGCAAGAUUCGCAAGAUAAGCAAUUCUAAGGAUGAAGAAGUUGAAGCCGUGGAUGUGACACAUGACGCAGAAGAAGAUGGGACUGGAGAGCUCGUUGAAAGAUUCGCAAGAACGGGAUUGGAUGAUCAACAAACAACGGGGAAAGAUGAUCAACAAGAGCCACCAACGUACGGUCUUUCUCAAUCUAGUGAUCCUCCAGCUAGGCUUGGCGAUAAAUCUCUACCAAUAGAGGUGGAUGAUGAUGAAGAUGAAUAUCAAGUGAUGAACCAAGAGCUUGCUGAACAUCUUUUCAACUCCACCGAAAGCUUUUAG